AUGGUGAAGCUCUCUCUGGCUCUAAUUCUCUGCUCAAUGGCCUUAGCCAUGCCGGCAGUGUACGGUAUUGCCGAAGGUCCUAAAGAGGUUGAGGAGUGGUUCCAAAAGCUAAGCCAUGCAAAGCCAAAGCUGACCAAACUUCACUUCUACUUCCUCCAAAAAUUAAACGGGGAGAAACUAACCGCCGUAACGGUGGCCAAAGCCAAUAUGACCGAUACAUCACCCACCACCUUCGGUGUAAUUAACGUGAUAGAUGAUCCAAUGACAGUUGAGCCACAUUGGACUUCCAAGGUGGUUGGUCGAGCCCAGGGACUGUAUGCCGUGGCAUCCCUUGAGGAGGUGAGCCUAUCCUGUUUCAUUAACUUCGUCUUCACAGAGGGAGACUACAAUGGCAGCUCUCUAACCCUAAUGGGUCAGAACCCACUGCGGCAUCCUGUGCGUGAGAUGUCGAUCAUAGGUGGGUCUGGUGUUUUCCGAAUGGCUCGUGGAGUUGCUACGUUUGCGACCUUAUUCUUCGAUGUUCCUGCUAAAAAUGCUACUGUGGAUGUCAAUAUUGUGGCUUUGCACUAUUGA